AUGCCCGUCGAUGAUCCAAUUCCCGCGCGAAAGAGAAGUCUUCAGGCGGAGUUGGAGUUGAUGAAGGGCGAAGUUGAGCAGAUUGAACAUCGCCGCUCAUCUUCGUCAUCCUCAAAGCUUGAGACGGUCUCCUACCGGCCAACGUACCGCGCUGUUCUUGCCAAGAAAGGUUAUUUGGUGCGACAGACUCUGGGAAGUGGUAGUUAUUCGAAAGUCAAGUUUGCACGAUGUUUCGAGCAUGAUCGAGAGAAAGUCGCAGUGAAAAUUGUCGACAAAGGAAAAGCUCCAAAGGAUUUCCAGCAAAGAUUUCUUCCUCGUGAAGUAGCAAUUUGGCCGCGGUUGAAGCACCCCCACAUAGUGCAAAAUCUUGAGAUCUUUGAGGAUAACAGACGUCUAUACAUGAUACUUGAAUAUGCUGAAAACGGGGAUGUGUUAAGAUAUAUUCAGAGAACCGGGGCGGUCACUGAAAAUCGUGCUGGCUACUGGAUCCGCCAAAUAGCGGAUGCCGUAAGAUACCUUCACGAAAUGAACAUAACCCACCGAGACCUCAAACUUGAAAACCUUUUGUUAGAUAUGGAGAACAAUAUAAAGAUAUGUGACUUCGGGUUUGUAAAAGAAGAGACCUCCCCAGAGCUGAGUCGGACUUACUGUGGAUCAAAGUCCUACGCUGCACCAGAAAUCCUUAAGGGCCAGCCGUACGACACGCGCAAGGCUGAUAUUUGGGCAAUCGGUGUCAUCCUCUACAUACUUGUUACUGGCAAAAUGCCUUUCGACGAAAGUAAAGGAAACAGGGGAGUUUUAGAGGAACAGAGAAACCUUAACUUCCCGUGGCAAAAAUUCAAGAAACCGGUGUCUGAAGAUUGUCAGAGCCUAAUUCUUUGGAUGUUUAGAUAUGACUACACUGACCGGCCGGAUAUUUACAAUCUUCUACAGCACCAGUGGCCAGUGGAAAAUUGCUCUACCUCCCAGUCGGACUGUCCGAAGCGUGAAAUGACCGGUUCUAUAGGUCACGUGACUCGAAAGUCCAGCAAGUCCAACCCAAUCCCGAUGCAGUCUGCAAAUGAUCAGUAA